UUUGCCAGGCCCCGUUCCCACCCAGCGGCCGCUUCCCAGAGGGUUUCCGGGGGAGGGAGGCCUAGUCCUUCCGGGGCGCGGAGGAGGAGGGCGAGCGCGCGCCUGACCGUACUUCCGGCUUCCGUGGCCGCAGCAGAGGAUGGCGGCGGCGGCGGAGGGAAGGACGGUGGUCUUUGUCACCGGAAACGCCAAGAAACUGGAGGAGGUGAUUCAGAUCCUAGGCAACUCUUUCCCCUACAAACUGGUUGCAAAGAAAAUAGACUUGCCUGAGUAUCAAGGGGAGCCUGAUGAUAUUUCGAUCCAGAAGUGCCAGGAAGCAGCAAAACAGAUCCAGGGACCAGUGAUAGUGGAAGACACUUGUUUGUGUUUUAAGGCUCUUGGAGGACUCCCAGGGCCAUAUAUAAAAUGGUUCCUAGAGAAACUCAAACCAGAAGGUCUCUACAAACUGUUAGCUGGAUUUGAAGAUAAGUCUGCUUAUGCUCUCUGCACCUUUGCUUUCAGCACUGGAAAUCCAGAAGACCCAGUGAAGCUAUUCAAAGGCCAGACUCAUGGACACAUAGUUGAUCCAAGGGGACCUAGAGAUUUUGGAUGGGAUCCAUGCUUCCAACCAGAGGGCUAUGAUAAGACGUAUGCUGAAUUGCCUAAGUCUGUGAAAAACUCUAUCUCUCAUCGUUACAAAGCCCUGAAAGAGCUGUCUACAUAUUUUGUUCAACAGAACAAUUCAGCAGUGGCCAUAUCUGGCUUCAGUUAGCCUGUUUGAGUCUGUGGAAUGUUGUGUUUGUUGUGAGAAAUUGUAAUUGCAGGAUGAGAUCAAUAUUUGCUUGUUUGUGUUGAUCAUGUACAAUAAAGCUACUUUUCUUAAA